UGCGUUUUAUAAUGAAAAAUCAACACUUGAGUAUAAAACCAGCUGCUAAAACUGUAGUAACUGAACUUCAAUUUUUUUGGGAGAUAUAUAGAAUUCCUCUAAUGCAACACUACAAUGCUGUUGUUAAGCUCCUAAAAUUAUUUAACAAAAUGCGAGCAAUUAUCAAAAAAUCUUCUCACGCGGGAGAUAAACAGAAAGAGCAAGAGUCUAAUUUCAUUAAUAAUUUGGAUCGAUUGUUUGACAUUGCUCGACGAAAUGCAUUAAAUUUGAUUAAAAACGAUAAGGAUAAACAGUUCCUUAUUCUGCAAAGGGAAGUUGGAAGGCCUGGAUCUGCCUUUGCGAGAGUUAAAAAAGGCAAAAUCGAAGAAGAACCAACAACGGAACCAGAGCCUUCCUUGGAAUCUCAAUCAGCUACCAGCGUUUUUACUAUUGAUGGAGGAGAUGAGAAACCCUCCACUAGUAGAGCGUUUUCCGAGCGAAGUAAAUCAAAAAUAAUGACUCCUAUACUAGCUGCCACCCUAGACCGUAUUGGACUAAGCGACCGAAAUGCAAUGUAUGUUAUUUCUGCGGUUUUAACAAGUGCUGGACUAAACUUAGGUACUGACAAAGUAGAAAGAUUGCCAGUUUUGGUAUCUUCUGGAGCAAAUGUUCAGCUGCUUGGAGUCCCAAAAUUGUCUUCUGGAACUGGUGAAAGACAGGCAAACGAAUCUUCAGUAGUAGUAAUAGUAGUAGUAUUGGUUAGGAUCAUGAUGUCUUUCAUGCGGUUGGCUCUGAAGCCCCGCAGUGGUAGGGAGCCACUGAUGCGGCAGCUGCGUCUGCUGGUGGUGGAACGCCGUCCCUCGGCUGGAACCGGGCACUCCACUACUCGCCUGCAGAGGCGGCUGCGGUGUCAAUGA